AUGCCGCUCCCUGCACUGUUCUGUGCGUUCUGCUGCUGCCUCCUCCCCACGGCUGCCUGCGCUGGCUUCUCGGAAGACCGCUGCAGCUGGAGGGGCAGCAGCCUGACCCAGAAGGCCGGCAGCGUGGAGCAGAUGGUCCUGGCCUGGGCGGAGGGCGGGCUCGAGUGGCUAAACAAGGGUGCGCUGCGCUUGACCCUUGGCAGCUCUGACUCCGGCACGCGGCUCGGCGUCGCCUGCUUGUGGCCAGCGAGGCGCUCUGCUGGAGUGCAAGGCUUCGCUGAGAGGGCGGGCAGCGUUCUUGAGCUGCUGCUGGCCGAGAGCCCGGGCCCCGCUGGCAGCCGAUGCGUGCGCUGGGGUCCCCGCGAGCUCCGGGUCCUUUUCCUGCAGGCCACCCCGCACCGCGACAUAAGCCUCCGUGUGAUUUCCUUCUGCUUCGAGCUGCGCGAGGACGGGUGUCCAGGGCUGCCUCCGCAGGCUCACGGUCUGGGCGCGGUUUGGCUGGUGUCUCUACGGAAGUUACCCGUCUGCGAGCCAGAGCAUGCACAAGGACACUGA